UCCAUAUCUCAUAUCCCUUGCUUUCCCGUACGAUAUCGUCCCUCUCCUGCUCCUAUCUUCUUCCUCUCUCUCGCUCAACGUGUUUGACUCCUAUCUCUCGUGCAAGGGCUGACACCGGUGAUCCAGGAAACAAGGUGGUGGAGGAUGGGUGACAGACGGGUGGCGGUGGGAGUCGUAAGAGGAGAAGGAGGAGGAAGAAGAAGAGGGGGAGACGAAGUUGGGGAGGGCAUGCAUUGUAUGGACCACCCUUACCGCAGUAACGCCAGCGGAGUGUGCGCCUUCUGCCUGCAUGAGAAGUUAAGCAAGCUGGUCUCCUCCUCCAACUCUAGCCCUUUCUUUCCCUUCCAGCCUCCCCCUUGCUCCACCUCCUCCUCCUCCUCGUCCUCCCCUACUUCCUUCAGCUCCGACGCCGGCAACGGAGGUGGGGGACUAGGAUUCGCGCUCGCCUCCGACCACUCCCGGACCAGUGCCAACGGCGGUGGUCCAAGGACCAUGUUCCCCUUUCUGGCAGACACCCACAGCAAGAAGAAGAAGAAUAGCGGUGGCGGAGGAUACGGAAACGGCGCAAGGCAGGUGAUGGCUGCUGUCGCCACCACGACUACCGUGUCGGCGGCCAACGACAACGAUGUUGUCCUUAGAAGGACCAAAUCGGUGGCAACGAGGACUACUGGAGGCCUGGCGCAGGGUGGUGGCGUUGGGAGCAUCGGGGUGGCAGAUAGCCCUCGGAAGAAGAGCUUUUGGUCCAUCAUCUAUAUCUCGUCCACCUCUUCCACCUCCACGUCAUCUUCCUCAGUCACUAACAACAACAGCAGCAGCAGCAACAUCAUGAGGCGAAGAUCCACUUCAUCCUCGUCGGGCGGAGGGAACAGAAACAUUGCCAAGCGGCAACAGCAGCAGCAGACUUGUACACCAUAUAAUUUGGUGGACAAGCAAGCAGCGGUGGCCGGCCCCAGGCAAGGGGAGAAUGGUGAGAAGGAUGCGGAGAGCCCGAGCGGCAGCCAGGCGUCGUCGUCGUUGGGCAGGAAGGUGGCCAGAUCCAGGUCGGUGGGCUGCGGCAGCAGGAGCUUCUCGGGGGACUUCCUGGAUCGCAUCUCCACGGGGUUCGGCGACUGCGCUCUCCGCAGAGUCGAGUCCCAUCGCGAGGCCAAGCCCAAGUCCAAGAUCGUCCUCCACCUGGACCACGACAACGGCGACGGGCAGCAGCGGCGGCCGAGGAUAAAGGAACGGGUCAAGUGCGGAGGGCUCUUCAGAGGACUGGGGAUGAUGUCCUCCGCCUACUGGCUCUCUUCGGCCGCCGCUGCGGACGACGACUACGAUAGCAGCAGCAGGACAUCGGCCACAACCCCGGCUGCCUCGGGCUCAACUGCCGUGCGAGGAAGAAGCUCGCCUCACGGCCGGACCAGGAGCUGGGGCUGGGCACUCGCGAGCCCAGUGAGAGCCUUUAGGCCUUACUUCUCUUCUAAAUCUCUUUAUGCCAUCAGCAACACUGCAUCCGCUGCGCCGGUGACCAACGCCAGCGACAAGUUGGUCAACAGCAAAGCGAGCAGACUCGACGUCGUCCAACCCCAGAGUGCACCUGAAGACCUUUGACGGGCCGAAGCAAGUAAAUGGCAUGACUGCUCUCGGGGCCGUCGCCCUUUUCUGCCAUUGCCUGCAUCAGCCGUCUCUUUCGCCCUGGGCAAACGACAAGUGCUUUGUGCCUUUUUCU